UGCGGGCCGGGCGGCGGGCGAGCGGGGGAAGAUGGCGGAGCUGGGCAAGAAGUACUGCGUGUACUGCCUGGCCGAGGUGAGCCCGCUGCGCUUCCGCUGCACCGAGUGCCAGGACAUCGAGCUGUGCCCCGAGUGCUUCUCGGCUGGCGCGGAGAUCGGCCACCACCGCCGCUACCACGGCUACCAGCUGGUGGACGGCGGACGAUUCACCCUCUGGGGGCCUGAGGCGGAGGGCGGCUGGACCAGCCGCGAGGAGCAGCUGCUGUUGGACGCCAUCGAGCAGUUCGGCUUCGGCAACUGGGAAGACAUGGCUGCACAUGUUGGUGCUUCAAGGACUCCCCAGGAAGUGAUGGAGCACUAUGUCAGCAUGUACAUCCAUGGGAACUUGGGCAAAGCCUGCAUCCCUGACACCAUCCCCAACCGGGUAACAGAUCAUACCUGCCCCAGCGGGGGCCCUCUCUCACCUAGCCUCACCACUCCUUUGCCCCCACUGGACAUCUCUGUAGCUGAGCAGCAGCAGCUGGGCUACAUGCCACUGCGUGAUGACUAUGAGAUCGAGUACGACCAGGAUGCUGAGACACUCAUCAGUGGGCUCUCUGUGAACUAUGAUGAUGAUGAUGUGGAGAUCGAGCUCAAGCGUGCCCAUGUAGACAUGUAUGUGAGGAAGCUGAAGGAGAGGCAGCGCCGGAAGAACAUUGCCCGUGACUAUAACCUGGUGCCAGCCUUCCUGGGCAAGGACAAGAAGGAGAAGGAGAAGACACUAAAACGAAAGAUCACCAAGGAGGAGAAGGAGCUGCGGCUGAAACUGCGGCCACUCUACCAGUUCAUGUCCUGCAAAGAAUUCGACGAUUUAUUUGAAAACAUGCACAAGGAGAAGAUGCUUCGCGCCAAGAUCAGAGAGCUGCAGCGGUACCGGCGAAAUGGCAUUACAAAGAUGGAAGAGUCAGCUGAGUAUGAGGCUGCCAGACACAAACGGGAGAGGAGGAAGGAGAACAAAAACCUGGCCAGCUCCAAAAGGGGGAAGGAAGAUGGCAAAGACGGUGAGUUUGCAGCCAUUGAGAACCUUCCUGGGUUUGAGCUGCUGUCAGAUCGGGAGAAGGUUCUCUGUAGCUCUUUGAACUUGAGUCCUGCACGCUACGUGACUGUGAAGACUAUUAUAAUUAAAGAUCACCUCCAGAAGCGACAAGGGAUCCCCUCUAAAAGUCGCCUUCCCAGUUAUCUGGACAAGGUCCUAAAGAAAAGGAUUUUAAAUUUCCUCACAGAAAGUGGGUGGAUAUCCAGGGAUGCUUCCUGAGGCCAGAUGAUGCUAAAACAGCUUGUGAGCCAAAUGACCUGGGGGUCCCCCCUGCAACAUUGUUGCUCUUUUAAACAAAUUGAAUUCUUUUUUCAAGGCUUAAAUUUUUUCAUGACCCUCUGGAAGAAGCAAUAGUAGCAGUCUUAAAUUGACUCAUGGGGAGAAAAACGUGUGUCUUUCUUAGUCCUAAGGUAAUCCUUUCAGAAGACGGCUUGCCUUUGUGUCCCUCUGAAGACUGUCCCCACCUUGGACUAGUUCCAUUUAUUUUAUGAGCCUUCCCCCCUUUGGGUUUAGAAGCUGUUAUGCUGUGGGAGCCAAGCUGUGUGUUCUUGCCAUCAGCGUUUUCCUGGUGACACAAGCUUUACUCAGGUGGGCUGUUGUUGGCACCCCUUCACUGAGCCCACUGCUGCCCCCCAGCCGGUACCCCAAGCACAGCCCCGGCACACCGCACUUUACCGGGAGGCAGGCUGUGCACAGAACCCUCUGCUGUGGAGGCCAGAGAUUACCACCAGGCCCGCUCCCCACUGAGCCACUUAAGAUGAGCCCUUCAUUUGCACACAGUGACCACAUGAGCUUCCACUUAGCUGAUAGCGCUUGCUUCAUCUUAGCUCAGCCCAGCUUGGGCUGCCUGGGCAAGCUCUCUUAGCACAUUCUUGUCCCUGUGGUUGGGAAAGCAGUUAAUGGGAGGGCCACAUGAUCAUGUGGGGGCUGCCCUUUGCUGCUCUGAACCCCUAUAGUACACCUGACUUGGAAGACCCUCUGAGGUUAAGGCUGAGUGUGCAGUGCUGAGUUGGGGCAGUAGCUGCUCAGGACUUCCACCACCACUGCAGAGUCCCCUUCACUAAAUACAGGACAUGCUAGGGUAUGGCCUGGUUCCUUCCACCCCCCGCUGGGUAGAGCCAGGGGACCAGCUGGCAGGGGCCCUGGGGAGUGCAGAGCAUCCUGCCUGUGCCUUGGAGCCUUUGCACUGCUUGUUUGUGCUCUUGAAGCAAACUCAGAAAUGGCUCCUUCCCAUAUUGACUGAAAAGCUUGUUUCUGGGGGCCUCCUUCAAGGAUUCAUAUGGUACCUUCCUUCUUAACUUGAGGAAGGCAUUUGUCUUCCAGCUGCUCAGGGUUCUCACGCCCAGACCCUGCUUUAAGAGUCCUGGAGUUGACCACAGCCCCUGCCCCCUGUCCCUGAGGUACAAGAGCCUGUUUACCUCAUAGAGUGUUUGGGCUCGGAAGUGAAAGUGAAGUUAUUUUGAAGAAAAACAACUCAUUUCCAAGGACGACUUGAUGACGUGCCUUUUCAUUUUACAUCCUCUGUCCCCUAGGGUAAGGUUUUCAGCAUUAAAUAAAACAUUUCAAAUAUACUAUAUAUGGCUUUAGUUGUAAAGUGCAUUGUAGGCUAGCAGGGAAGUACCCUGUGAGCCAGGCCCAGAUUUCUUUUGACACCACAAGAUGCUGAGCAGUGGUGUCAAAGGACCAGCUCCACACUGUCCCCUGCAGGUGAAUAGUGGACAGUAGCUGGUGUCACUGAACAACAAUGGGAUGGUGCUCAGUGCCUAGUUGUUCUCCAAGUGGGGUUCCUGGGCACUUGUCAGAAAUACAGAAUCAUACCCCAUCUAACUCUCUUGAGAUUUAGAUGAUUUGGGGGCUUCAUUAACAGGGACUAACUAGCAGGGUGUUUUCAAACCCUCCAGGUGGCUGGGAUGCAAGCUUAAGUUUGAGAACCACUGGUUUUGUCCUGGUAUCUCCAACACCAAGAGUCCCAGCUUGGUGAGGUUUGAAGUUUCAGUGUGUCUUCUACAAAAUGACAGCUAGACCUACAUUAGCUUGAGAAGCAGAGGAUCCUGUCAACAUGUGGCCAAGAGCUGUCGGACAAAAAGCUGUGCUUAAGCAGGCGUAUAGUGUGUGUACAUCUUUUGAUGAUAUGAAUUUAUUUGGGCGUGACUGUUUUAAAACACCAUGAUGAAUGUAUAAUUAAUUUAUGUUCAAGUAUUAAUAUUGUUACAAGGGAAAAGUAGUAUUAGGAUUGUUUGCUCUCCUGUCUGCCCCAGCUGUUUCUGUCACAUUACUCUUUGUUAGCUCAGACAGAUAUGAACAUGUUUAUAUUUAAUUCUCACGAUAAAUUAGCUACCACAACCCCAUGGAACCAAGUUUUUUCAAAUUUAAACAAACUGUCUUUGAGUCAGAAAAGUUAGAUAAUUCUUCAGCUGUUUGAAAUAAUGCUCUCUGGGAGGCCAACAUUCCAAGAAUGUAUUAAGAAUUAAAACCCUACCAUUUUUAUUAUUCUUUUACAUUAAAUUGUUGAGAACAAAGCCGUGUCUGUUUGCUUCUUGAUCCUCCACCACUUUGCUGUCAAGCCAGUUUCCUGCCCGAGGUGGAAAGCUGCUGUCAACCAAGCACAAGCCCCCAUGGGCCAGACAGCAAUACAUCCACAGUUGAGUCUGAGCCUAACAGUACCCGCCAGGCCAAAGAUCAUUUCCAGCUGCCUCUAACAUUCUGGUUAGCCACACUCACAAAUGUACCUGGAAUGUCUGAGCAAGACUCGAAUUCCAUGAGAAAUGUGUGCACAUCUGUGCAUCUCCCAUUAGUGCUGAUGAUGAGUUUGCAAACAUCUGCCACAUUUAGGCUACUCAUUCCUGAUUGGUUCCAGGACCCUCCUUUCUUCCAGGGUACCAAAAGUGGCUUAUAUGACAGGAGGCACUGUCUACACAUAAUCUAUGCAUGCUCCAGGAUGCCAUGCACAUACAGUGUACUUAGAGACAGAAAAAAUGCUAUCCAUGUUCAACUAUUAAAACUUGGGUUCUUGUGUUUAAGCGCAGGUGUGUGGGGGGGAAUUCCUUCAAUUCCAGAGAUUGAACUUUGAUUGUCAGGAUUGGCAGCAGGUGCCUUUACUGGCUGGCCU